UGUGUUUUAGUCAUAGAGAUUAAGAUCCAUCAUACUAUUAUUUUGAAACAUCAUUCGAUGCGAGAUAUAACUAAAAGCCAUAGCCCAUGGAAGCAUGCAACCCCAGGGUUGCACUUGUUACAUACCUACGCGAUAACGAACCCUAAAUCUCCAUCGAAUUUACAUCGUUUCCUUCCCCCUUUCUCGUUGGUUAUUUGGACGCUGCCCAGCAAUAAUUAAGAACAUGGUCAUUCAACCGCAAAAUUGCACAACCAUUUUAUAAAAUAAAUUCAUUCAUAAUGUGUCUAUAAAGUUUUGCAGCUCGCUGUAGGCCAGUGUUGGCUUCAGCUCCGCGCACGCCUCUCAAACAUCCUCCCGGAGGACACCAUUGUACCAAGGACAACAUGAACUCCAGUCUGAGUGGAAAUGUGGAAAUUCACGAAUACCGCGCAAGCUAAUACGACACAAGUACCGUGUGCAAUAUAUUUGAGGUAUCGAUAAGUUAAAAACUUAUCCGCACACAUUAUAAACAAUUAUUCUUUCACAUUGACAUUGACACAGAAUCACAAUGAAUAAACUACGUCUUGUUUCCCAACAAUUUUCCAAUUUACGAUCAUUUUCAACUAGUCGCGUUCGUCAGGCAAGUUUAGGGGCAUGCGGCAUGAAACCAGAUUACGGCCCAUUGGAGAUAGGCCGGUGUACGCUUAUGAACGGAAUCCAGCUUGUGUCGGCGAGGCCUUUUGGGGCACAGAUGGCAGCUUGCACCAUACUUUAUCAGAGCGGUUCCCGCUUCGAGCGUGACGACCAGCUCGGAGCUACCCAUUUCCUGCGAACGUGUUCAAGCACUGCUGGCUGUUCUUAUACUACCUUCAGUAAGACUAGAGUGCUACAGCAGCUUGGCUCCUACAUAACUGUCAAUUCAGACCGACAAAGCGUCGCGUUCACCCUCCGAUGUCCCGUCCCCGCGUUCCAUGAUGUCAAAUACUACCUGCUGGAUAUCGCAGCUAGAACGUGCUUCCGCCAAUUCGAGAUCGACGCAUACAAACCCCAGCUCAAACGGGAUUUGCAAAACAUUCACCCCGAGGUUCUCGUGAUGGACCUCAUCCAGAAAGCUUGCUGGGGCGGCGGACUAAACAACUCCGUUUUCUGCGAGAAGGAACGUAUUGACAGCAUGUCAUCGACUGACUUAGAUGCGUUCUCGGUGUUAAAUAUGCGCUCUGAUACGUGCACGGUUGGCAGCUAUGGCUUGCCGCAUGAUGAGGUGAUGGCUUUUUCGGAAAUGAUUGAGUACAAACGGGAGCUGCCAGUGAGCCCGCGAUGCUAUCCGCCUUCUUUCGCCCGCGGUGGCUUCGAGUAUCACGAUCUGGGCCCGAACUCUGAUACGUGGAUCGCUGUCGCCGUUCCUGGCUGUGGAAACACCGAUAUUCCCUGUCUAAUGACGCACAACAUCAUCGCUUCAGCCUGCGGCACAGGCAACAACUCUCGCGGACAACACGACGAGGACCGCGUGCCGCAACCACCGUUAGGGGGCUACGCUACUGAUGUCUUCACGAAAUACAGGGCUUUCAAUAUAUCUUAUGCGGAUUCGGGAGUGUUUGGUAUCCUUGUGAAGACACGGUCUUGUAACGCAUGCUCGGCUGCGUUAAUUGCUUCGAGCUUCUUGAAGAAGCUAGGACAACUAACUCCCUAUCAGAUUUGCAUUGGAAAGCAGAGGCUAAAACUGGAUAUAGCUCUUCAAGAAGAAGACUGUGUAAGCAUCUCCGAGGGUAUGGCGUUGCAGGCGGCGUGCUCCGCACGCCUCGACAACGCCUACGAAGCCAUCAAAUUAUUAAACACUGUCACUGACCAGGAGGUCUUUGCUACUGCCAAGUGCUUGGCCAGCAAAUGUAAUAGAAUGGCGGUGGCUGUCGUCGGCGACGUUCAAGCGGUUCCUCAUGAUCGAGAGCUACUCUGUGCUUGUUGAUAAUAAAAAUUAUGAGAUAUUUUUCUAUGUCGGAUAAUUUUACAACUUACAUUUAUUUAACGUUGAUAUUUUAAAUGGAAUAUUAAAGCUGUUUUCGUUACUACAAGAAGUAUUGUAAUAAUAAAUAAAUAAAAUAAAUAAAUA